AUGUGGGUGUGUGUAUCCAAUGUCUUUGAUGAGGAUUUUCUCAUCAAAGAAUUACUAAAAUCUGCCCGAGAUGAAGUGGAUCCUAAGAUGAUAAAUCUGCAAGACAUUGAGAAGGAGUCUAAGACCCAAUUGCAGAUACUUCUUGGUAAGGUACUAGACGGGAAGAAAUACUUGCUUGUUUUGGAUGACUUGUGGAAUGAAGAUCAUGGGAAAUGGUCGGAGCUCGAAGGUUUGCUAAGGGGUGGUCUACCGGGGAGCAAGAUACUCGUAACCAUGCGCAAUGAGUCAGCGGUGAAGGCUACAGCGCAAGGUUUUAUCGAGUCAUUGGAUGAGAAUGAAGAACUAGAAGAGAUCGAGGAUGAUUAUGUCUCAGACCUACUAUGUGGGUCAUUUCUUGAAGUUGAGAAGGUUGAUCCUUACACUAGUAAGGUCGCAAUGCAAAUAUUUAUGAAAAAGAAGGAUAGCGUCUCUCCACUCACGCUCCAGCUCGCCACCAUCUUCCGUCGUCAUGUCGCGCGUGUAGAACAAAUGCCUCCUUUGCCUCCUCGUCUUGCUCGUACAACCUCCUCACUCCCCUCCGCUCCCCUCCUUCAUCUCCUCCAUCACUGCCGCCUGAAGCUGAGAUUCUCGGAUCCGCCGCUUUAUUCGGAGCUGCCUGCCUUCGGAUGUCUCCUGCAGUCGGAUGACGAAAUUCUAGGGAUUUCGGUGAUCGCGACGUCGACGAGGCCUUUGACGCCGGCUUUCGAGUCGUCGCCCGCUCUGUCGUAG